GCCUGCAUUGCACAAAUCAUCGCGCGCUUUUUCACCUACAAAGAGACACUGCCAAUAGCUCCUUUUAAAUUUACCUGAUUUACCUAUUAUAUCCACGUCCAAGCGACCAUUUUCUAUUGAUUCAAACAUUUAAUCGUCUUGUCCAGUCGAAAUCAUGGGUAAUAAACAGAAACUUUCUGGCAAAGACCGUCGUGCGGCUGUGCGAGAGGAAAAGAAGAAGGCGCUGGCGUCGAGGGCCCUUGUAGCCAAAGCCAAGGAAAAGCGGGAUCCCCUUGAUGAACUAUCAAUGUCAUUGAAGAUGAGUCUUGUGGGCUUUGACGCUGUCAUCACUAGUUCGCAUUGGUGCACUCUGGACAAGGAAACGCAAGAGUGGAUUUUGAAGCUGGAGGAGACUAAUGUCAAAGAAAUGUAUGAGAAGUCAGACUGGGGCUGGAACGGCAAAGUGAAGCAGGAGGAAAUGACCGAUGAGGAUGCCAGGUAUCUGAUUGCACGGUCUACUGAAGGAAAGCCUCUAGGGUUUUCUCAUUUCAGAUUUGAUAUGGACUUUGAUGAUGAAGUACUUUACUGUUAUGAACUCCAAAUUGAAGAGCAUGCUCGCAGACGAGGACUAGGAUGCUUCAUGUUACGAGUGUUGGAGGAACUGACAAUUCAUUACAAUAUGAAAAAGACCAUGUUAACUGUGUUCAAACAUAAUCAUCCUGGAAGAACGUUUUUCAAGAAAAAUGGGUACAAACUUGAUGAAACAUCGCCUGAAGAUGAUGAUGAAGAGGAAGAGGCAUGCUACGAAAUUUUGAGUAAAUACAAUCUGAAAUUUGACCCUCCUGUCGUUUGAUAAAUCCAACAGUUCCUGUACUUGUAAAUGAUAAUUUUCCUGUCAGUGCCUUAAUUCAGGAUUUACCUCAGGUUUUCUAAAUCUUGUAAGUUAGUGUAAUGAAAUUUGACUCUUCAGGUGGGACGCUAGUAUUUAUUUAUUUAAUGUCUUUUUAUACUGAUCUCCUUGAUGGAAAAUAUUUUUCUGAAAAGCCAAGCUUGUUAUGUAUUUUGAGCUAAACUUUUACAUCUUUGAAAUUAUGAAUCUUUUAUAGUGUAAGAAUACUACCUAUACAUAAGUUUUUUUAGCCUCUUUCCAAUUUUGUUGUGAUUUUAACCAUCUUACCCCAUUUGUUGGUAUGAUUGGUGAUGAGCAAUAAUAAAUACGUCUGUAGCUGUAGCUUGCACGAUGCAGAAAAAUUAUUGUCCAAAAUCUACUUGUAGCUGUAAGAGAAAUGAUCGUGCUGAUAACCCGCAUUAUUCAUUGUUAAUCAGAAAAUUUCUUUUGUCCAUGGAAUAACGACAGGCUUGUUCAUUCUCUAAUAUUUUGUAUUUGUAACUGUUUGUUUUCAGUGAAAUACAUGCAAACCAACUGUGCUGACA